AUGUAUGAAGCCAGCAAGCAGCCGGAUCGAAACCGCCAUAGCCCUGACAAGGCCGGUGACCAAAGUCGAGGAAAGGCUAGGGGAGCGACUACUGGCACCAAUUCCAAAGCGACUUCGCAGUCCUUCGAGCCUGCGACUAGUGACAAGGAUCAGCUCGCUGCUACCCCUGCUUCUUUUGGGCCCGUUCUUGCUCAAUACCUCAGUGAUCAGUCGUCCUCGUGCGAUCUGUUCCGCGUGUCUCAUCCCGAGGUCUACAAAGACCUCAACCACCGCGGAGAUGAUCCUCGGCGAGACAUCUCUGACACAGCGAGUCCAACCUACUCAAAGUCUGGCAGUAACCAAAAUGCCUUGUUCUCGCAGGACUGUCUAGACAGAGAAUCGCCUCAAAGCUCACCCCAGGCCUCGCUUCAGCCCGCCUCAGAUAAAUCCCGUUAUGAUGGACACCUAGCCAGCGUAUCUUGUUCACGAACCGGGUUGUAUUCGAGGCGUGAUGUGCUAGAUGGUUUCAGACAGAACAUUGUGUCGAACAGCUAUCCUGCCGGAAGUGGAAUCAAAAAUUCGCCUCCGCCCGGGGAGCUUGGACCUAACAGCCCACUCUAUCUAACACAGUUGGAGUUAUUCAUACUCCGAAACUUUGUGGAACGAGUUGCACGAUGGAUCGAAGCAUUCUCUUUGGAAAAUCCAUAUUCGACGACUGUUCCCAUAUUGGCUCUCGAGUGCCCUGCAGUUUUGUUCUCGUGUCUUGCGAUUUCUGCGAAGCAGUUAGUGUUGACGAGGACAGGCUCCGAGCCGCAGAUAACAGACGACGUCGCUGUCGAAUACUACCAAAAGGCGCUGAAGGCUUUCAGUACUCUUUUGAUGGAACCAGAUUCGGCACACAGUGAUAAAAUUCUGGCGUCCAGCAUCAUGCUCUCGAGCUAUGAGAUGUUUGAGGUAGUCGGAGAAAAUUUUGGUUCGCACCUCCGGGGUAUCGCCUCCCUCCUCCAGCUGUGGCAGGUCAACGGAGAUUCAUCGGGAAUCAAGGGAGUUGUUUAUUGGACAUGGUAUAGGUCAGAUACGUGGGCAGCUCUGCACGCUGGGCGACGCAUGUUUUUGGACGAACACUACUGGGAGCCACGCCCGGUUGACUGUUUCGACGACUUAUCUCAUGAGGAGAUCGCAAACCGUGCCAUGUUCCUCCUUGGACAGUGCAUCAGCUUCUGCAAUGACUAUCAAGAUCGAGAGAAUGCGGAAGCUGCAGAGGAACUCAACACUAGGCAGAGAACGAGGGAUAAACUUCGGCAUGACCUCGAGCAGUGGAAACGGAUGCUUCCGCCUUCAUUCACACGAUUCUUUGUGAGCCAGGUGUUUCAGGAAGAGCACCAGGAGGAAAGUACAUCGUAUCAGCACUCGCGGAACAUAUCAUCCAUAUGCUGUCGGAAUUCAAAUGUUCCAUGCAUGUCAAAUAUUGUUGGCGCUCAGCGGACUCCCAUCUUCGUCUCGGCGUCCGCGUCGGGGUAUCUUUACCUCUACCGCAGAGUCUCUAUCGGUGCGACGGUUGAUCAAUCGCUCGCGUGA